AUGAACUUAUGUGACGCUCUUGUCGACAACGUGUUCGAGGUCUGUGCUCGUAUGAAGCCACGCCCACAUCGCACAAAUCGGCGUAGCAGGAAAGAGAUCAACUUGUACUACGAUCUUCAAAGCCGACCAUGCAGAGCCGUUUUGUUGACUCUCGAAGCUUUGAAUUUGCAAUUUAACUUAAAACAUAUACGUCUCUUGGGUCGAGAACAACUUAAAGAAGAUUUCCUCAAAAUAAAUUCUCUACACACUUUACCAGUAAUAGAGGACGGUGAUUUUGUUUUGGUGGAUAGUCAUGCAAUAAUCGUGUACUUGGUUCGAAAAUACGGAGGGAAAGACGAUAAUCCACUAUACCCCAAUAACCCGAAACUUCAAGCACAGGUCAACCAAAUGCUGCACUUUGACAACGGCACCUUGUUCCCGGCUUUUACAAUUCAAUACGCUUGUUACAAUAAUACCAUGGUUGAAAUCAUAGACCAUAUACUAAUAGACGGCCAGACGGGCAAUAGUAGCAGUUCGAACGAUAGGACUAGCGGUAAUGCGUACUUGCGCAUUAAUGAGUACAAUAUUUUAAAAAUCAUACCAGAUAUGAAGUACGAUAAAAUAAACGGAUGGAUUUACUUUAGAAAAUCGAAAACCGAUGAAAGAGAGGAAAAAAUCCAUGAAGCGCUCCAGUUUUUAGAAAAUGUUCUGAAAAAAUCUCCUUGGUCAGCGGGAGAAUCAAUGACUGUGGCAGAUUUCUCUUUGAUCGCUACCAUUACGACCUUAAAGGUAGCUGGUGUUAAAAUGGAGAAAUACGACAAAAUAAAUGAGUGGGUUAAAAGUGCUCAACUACAAUGGUCGGAUACGAAGAGAUUAACCAAGAGGGAAUCGUUUUUAUCGAAAAAAUGA